UUUGUGAAGAAAAUGUCUAGGAAUAGUAUAAAAAUUUUACCUGGCGCAUUAGUUUGUGAAGACUGCAAAUUACGUGGAGACAUAACAGUGGGGUCUGGUACAAUAAUACAUCCAGGUGCGGCUAUUAUUGCCGAAGCUGGACCAAUUAUUAUAGGAGACAACUGCUUAAUAGAAGAACAAGUCAGAAUUAUUCAUAGGUUGCCAUUUGAUCAAAAAGAUAAAGAGAUUAUAACCCCAGUUCUCAUAAUAGGUUCAUAUAAUGUUUUUGAAGUUGAUUGUACUGUAGAGUCUCCAAAAAUUGGGAAUAACAAUGUGUUUGAAUCGAAGUGUUAUGUUGGAAACAAAGUCACUGUUUCUAAUGGUUGUACAAUUGGAGCAGGAUGUAAAGUUACUGAAGAACAAUUGUUGAAAGAUAAUAUAAUAAUUUAUGGAUCUAAAUGUCACAUGAGGGAGGGAUUGGAUAAACCAGUUUUACAAACUCUACAGAUGGAAACUUUGGCUAAAAUGCUCCCAAAUUAUCAUCACCUUAAGAAACCUAAUACAAAAGUUUGAAUAUUUAUAACAUAUAUUGUGACCUUUCUAAAAAUAAGAGUAGGUGAAUCUAUAUAAUUUAUUAAUAUUCCAUAUUUAUACUUAUAAUUUUAUAUGCACAAAUAAAAUUUGAAAAAAAA